CCUGUUGCUUAUGUUCCUCUCUGAAGUCUUUUUUCUCUGACCGAAUCCAAGUCAUGCUUUGUAGUUACAAUACAUCUAGCAAGUAUAAGAGACUAAAUCCGAAGCUUAAAAGAAAAUGGUGGAGGCCAUCAAGAAAAGAGGCUCUUCUGAACCUAAUACUUUUUAAGUCAAUUAAUAGCAUAAUCUUGACAUUUCCCAAGUUUAAAGAAGGAUUAAAGAACAUCAAGAGUGUGUUUGAUCAAUAUGGUGAAUCUCGCUAGUGUUAAUUUUGUUCAGUUGUCACGUAGAAUAGAUGAUAACGCCAACACUUCUAGAGCUGAUUAUAUAGCAAAUCAAUUUGACAUUGGGAACAAUAGAGGAAUGCCUUAGCAAAUCAGCAAGUUGUGAUAUGUUCUGUAACCAGCAAGUUGCAGCGAGAUUAUUUCUCACGUCAAUAAACGCCUGUACAAAGUCAUGAGCUUUCUUUUUCUAUGAUCUACCCUCUCUUACAAUGUCAACGACUCAACCCUAGUGUUUUUUAUUGUGAUGUCAACUAGCUGGCCAAAUUAAUAUUCAAAAUGUGAUUUACAGAUUAGCUUUCUGUAACCACUCCUCUUUUUAUAAUCGAGAUAUAACAAAUUUUGUGUUUCAAUUAUUAAGUUUCAAGUUUCUUGACCUGUCGAAAGCUCAACAAAAUUUAGACUCAAUUUAAGAAAACAGAGACAAUGGCUGAAAUAUCCGAACACCAUGUUCCUGAAGAAAACAACACAAAAUCUGAAAGAACAGGAAUUCAAGAGGAUGUUCCAUAUUUGGCUCUCGACAUCGGAGGAUCACUGAUCAAGCUCGUGUAUUUCUCGAGACAUGAGCAAUCACCGGGGGAAGAUGAAGAUAAUACUGACAUGAUGAAGGCUUUGGAACAUAGAAGUCACCCUGUUCAUGGCGGAUGGCUUCAUUUUGUAAAAUUUGAGACAAGGGAAAUCAAUCAGUGUUUGGAUUUUAUCAAAUUCAAGCAGCUUCAUUGCCAAGUUGGAACUGAUCCAGAAAACAAACAAAAAGGAAUUGCUGCAAAUGUUAAGGUCACUGGGGCUGGAGCACACAAGUUUGCGGAUUUGUUUAUGGAAAAGAUUGAUGUUAUGGUUGAAAAAGAAGAUGAGAUGGAUUGUCUAGCAAUUGGAGCAAAUUUCUUGCUUAAGGUAAUCCAAAACGAAGCGUUUACCUUCGUAGAGGGAAAAAAGGAAAGUGUUGCUAUUGACAAGAAUGAUUUGUUCCCUUAUCUUUACGUGAAUAUUGGUUCGGGUGUUGUCAUACUCAAGAUUGAAGGAGAUGGCAAUUAUGAAGCAGUUGAUGGAACUCGUAUUGGUGGCAUUACUUGUUGGGGGCUCGGGAGGUUGUUGACGAAAUGCAAGAGCUUUAAUGAGAUCAUAGAGUUGAGUAAACGCGGAAACAUUAAAAGAAUAGAUUUGUUUGUGGAAGACACCUUUGGUGAUCGGGAAUAUGUUGAGAAACAUGCUCAGAAGUUGAAUGCACCGCCUAACAUGAAUAUCGGAAGUUUUGGAAAGACAAUAUCUGAAAAUAAAACCCUUGAAGAUUGCAAUGUGGAAGAUUUAUCUCUGUCUCUGUUGCAAAUGUUCUCGCUCAACAUUGCGCAGAUUGCCUCCUUGAAUGCCCGUAUAUAUGGAAUCAAGAGGAUCUUUUUUGGAGGAUCAUUUAUAAAGGACAAUACAUGUGCCCUGGAGAUCCUGUCAUCUUCAGUUCAUUACCACUCAAAAGGUACAGCAAAAGCAAUGUUUUUACGGCAUGAAGGAUUUGUAGGAGCAUUAGGUGCCCUGACGAGAUAUGAGAAUAAGCAUGGCAUUGUUAUUAUGGAUGAAUCACAAGAUGUGGAAACUAGCUUAAAGAGCACAUUUUCAAGCCAUGAUCCACUUUGGAAUUUCAGGGACUAGGAACCACAGAGUUCCUCAGUUCCCUCGCACAGUAAAUGUCAACAGAAAGAUGCCAUGGAAUAUGCAGAUUUUAUCGCAGAGAUUGUUUUAUCUUUAUCUCUUCUAUUUUUCUUUUUUUUUU